AUGCCAUUCCUAUUUCACUCCGUUUUUGUGUCGAAUUUAUUGACAAAGGCUGUGACCAUCAGUAGUACACCAAUUAUUAAUGGUUCAACAAUGACCAUUACGAGAUAUAGUGAUUGGAACAAUAAAGUUGGUGAAUUAAUUGAGCAAAACAAUAUUGACACAGUAAUUAUCAGACCCGAAACACAGAUGUUCAACACAAUUACAGAAAUCGAUGGCUUAAAAGUUUCAACUUUCAUCAUUGAUAAUCUUUUUGUCACAACUUUUGAUGAGAAUGUAUUCAAGGAAAAUAAGUUUAUCAAGACAGUUCAAUUAACAGAUUCAGUUACUGAAAUCUCAGAUUCAUGCUUUGAAGACUCUACACUCGAGACAAUUAAUCUUGAUCGUGUAACUAAGUAUGGAGGAAGUGUUUUCAAAGGCUGCCUUAACUUAAAGAGUCUCUCAAUAAAUGCUGACACCAUACCAAGUAGCUUUGCCCGUGGCUGCUAUCAGUUGACAUCAGUCAAAUUCAAUAAAGAAAAGACAACAAUCUUAAACACCGCUUUCGCAUCCUGCAUUUCACUUACAGAGAUCGAUCUUACAAACGUUGUCUCCGUUGGCGAUGGUGCUUUCAAAGAUACUGAAAUCACAAAAAUUCAUAUCCCACAACAGUUACAAUCCAUUGGAGCAAAUGGCUUCUAUCGUUCCAAAAUUACCGAAAUAACAAUUGAUGAUCGUAACAACCUCUACUUGGACAUCGGAAGUGGUGCAUUUGCUUAUACAAUGCUCAAAGAAGUCAAAAUCCCAGAAUACGUCACUUUAGCAUCUGGUGCUUUCCAGAAUAACCCAUAUUUAACAAAAGUUGAAGUAUUAGGUGACUUAAACGCUUUGCCAGAUUAUUGUUUCUGCCAUUGCCACUUACUCAAAACCGUAACCACCAAAAAGGUAACAACAAUUGGAGUUCAAGCCUUCUACAAUGACAAAGAAUUGGCUGACUUCACAGUCGCCGAUUUACAGGCAAUUGGCGACCAGGCUUUCGAAUUUUGUGGCAAUUUGAAGAUGACAAUUCCAGCAACAACUCUUACAAUUGGAAACUUCGCUUUCGGAUACACUAAAUCCGUGAAAAUAGCAGAAGGAAGCCUGUUAAAGUCUGUCGGACAAUACGCUUUCGUCGGCAGCCAAAUCGAUGAAGUUGUUGUCUCAUUCGCAGUUGAUAUCGGUUCUUUCCAGGGUUGUCAUAAACUUACAAAAGUGACAAUCACUUCACCUUGCAACAAAAUUGCCUCAUAUUGCUUCUGCAACUGCACAAACAUUAACACACUCAUUAUCCAAGGUGGAUUAGAAUCAAUUGACAGCUUUGCUUUCUCAUCAUGCUUCGGAUUGAGAAAUAUUGAUAUUUCCAAUGUUUCUGUUUUGAAUUCUGACAGUUUCUCAUUUGUCGAAAUUGAGAAAGUCAAAAUGUCAAAUUGUGUCAUUGCCAACAAUGCGUUUUACGGAUCAUCAUCUAUUACCCAAAUCACAUUGACAAAAGAAACAAAAUCAUUUGAUGCAACACCAUUUUCUCAAUUCAAGAUCAAAAAUGUUAUUUUAGAAGAUGGCAACAAGUAUUUGACAGUUAAAGAUGGUUCCUUUGUUUACUACAAUUCUUCAACAUUGGCAUUCGCUUUGCCAGAUGCUAAAUCAUUCACAGUUCCAGAUUAUUGCAAAGGAAUCCAACAUGGAGCAUUUUCCAUUGCAAGAAAACUCACAAAAAUUGUCUUUGCAAAUAAGAUUGACUUAACACAAGUUAAUUUGCAGGAUUCUGCUUACAUUUAUCAAGUUACUUUCUCAAUCAAUGAUGACAAUUUGACAAUUCCAAAAGAAUUCUUUGCAAAUUGUCAAAAUCUUGAAAAAGUAAUUUUCGAAACAAAGAUAAAGACAAUUCCUGAAAAUUGUUUCGCAAAUUGCAUCAAUUUGUACCAAGUUGUUUUACCAACAACAUGCGAAACAAUCGAAACACGCGCUUUCUAUAAUUGCCAAUCACUUUCAAAGGUUGACAUUUCAAAGGUAACUUCAAUUUACCCAGAAACAUUCAUGAACAGUGGAAUUUCUAAUUUGAAGUUUGAUAACUGUCACUUUUUGAACACAUCACUUUUCAAGAAUUGUUUCAAUUUGAAGACCUUUGAUUUCACAGGAAUUAUCUAUGUUUCCAACAAUUGCUUCGAGAACUCAUCACUCAAAACAAUUACAUUAGAUGAAAGAAGUUUCAUUGAAGACGAAGCAUUCAAAGAUUGCCAUCUUUUGACAAAAGCUGAUUUGAGUUUAAUUACAUCCAUUCCAAAGGGCUGCUUCUUGAACUGCAUCAAAUUAAGUGAAGUUGUCAUGAGACAUUCUGUUUUAACCAUUGGUGAAGAAGCGUUUGCAAACACUUCACUCGUGGAAGUUGUUAUUCCAGACAGAGUUUCAUUUAUAGGAAAGAGAGCAUUCAGAGAUACUCUUUCUCUUAAGACAUUGACAUUAGGAAAGGGAAUUACAACACUCACAUGGGAAGAUGCAUUAUUCGUUCGUUCUAAUGUCGAAAAAAUCAUCAUCGACAAAGAUUGCAAGAUCAUUGAAAGAGAUGCUUUCGAAUUGAAUCCAAAUCUCAAGAUCGAAUUCAAGGACAACAGAUUCUUCUCAUUCAUUGAUAAUUUCAUUGUCAACACAUUGACAUCAACAUUAUUGACAUCUGUUGGUAAAUUAGAGCCAUUCAUCAAGAUCCCAACAACAAUUGAUUUCGUAAGUUUGGCAGGAAUCAAACACGAAGAGUUCAUUGAUGAAUUCCACCAGAUCUACACAAGAUACACUGACAUUUCACAGACAUUUGUAACAAGACCAGACAGAGCACAAAUCAUUGAAGUCCCAGAAACAGUCAAACAGAUACAAGACAAACCAACAGGAUACAUUAAUUACAAGAGAUUAUUCUACAAUGGAACAUACAUGCAAGAAAUGAGUGUUCCUCAAGCUGACGAAAGAAUUGCAACACUUAGAUAUAACUUCCCACAGUUAUACACAACAAAUUAUAUAAUUGGAGAUUCUUGCUCUGAUAACUUGGAUUAUGAUGAAUUCAAGUGGAGACAUGUUUUGGGAAUGUCUUCAUUAGAGAAAGGAAUGAUUGCUGCUGUUUCUAUCGCUGGAGUUGCCCUUAUCGUUUCUUUGAUCUUAUUAUUACUUAUUGUCUUCAAGAUGAAACGACACGGAAAUUACGAAGCAGUUUCAAUGCAGACAAUUCUCACUUCUCAGCCAGAAAAAGUCUAA